GUUCGUUGCUUGUGCGGCCGCCAUAUUGUGUGCCAGUAUUUUGAUUCGUAUCUACUGGAAGUGAGCAAAAAGAGAAAAGUGAAGGCUGUCGAGGGGAGGGGGCGCCGAAGAAGGGAGCUGUCAAAAACUUCUUCCCAAGUCCGUCCAAAAGCGGAGGGCUGGGGCUCGCUAUCUCUCCUCCGAGGACACAUUAAGACCCGGGGCCUCGGCGCAAGUUAGCUCUUCGCCUGCCUGUUACUCGCUGGACUCUUCUCGGCGUCUCCUGUGUGCCAGCGCCGCGGCCCUCCGGAGGUCCGGCGGCGUUCUGGGGUGUCGAAGUCGGCCCGGGGAGCGGCAGCCGAGACGGGGAAAAAGUUGCUCAAGAUGAAGGCAGCUUGCUGCCACAACUAAUGCUGCAGUGUGCUGAGUAGAACCGACAGUCCUGACCUGGCAACAUACGAAUGGCCCAGGGAAGCCACCAGAUUGACAUUCAGGUUUUGCAUGACCUGCGCCAGAAGUUCCCUGAAGUCCCAGAGGGUGUUGUGUCCCAAUGUGUUCUGCAGAAUAACAACAAUUUAGACGCUUGCUGUGAAUACUUAUCCCAAGUCAGUCCGGGCUACCUGUACAGUGAAGAAGGAAACGUCAGCUUUUCUGAAGACCCCAGCUUAACCAGGCUUCGUAAUCACAUGACCCAGCUGAACCUGGGCCUGCAGUCUCAGAAUGUGCAUGUGGCCCCUGUGCGGGACGGCCUGAGAAUGAACGGCAGUCGGACUUUGGCCCACAGUCUGAGCGACGGGCCCUUGCAGACAAGCCAGGCCCCCAACAGUGACUUCUUUCAGCAGGAGCCCCAGUCUGCUCCAGCAGAAGGGCCCACCAGUCUCAAUGUGUUUACGGCAAUGGAGCCCUCGCGCAAACCACAGCCUCCGCAGCACCUUGGACUCUACCCUCUGGGUGUCAAAGGAAUGACUGUUGGACCCCAGCAAACGCCCCGCUUCAACCCCAUCACAGUGACGCUAGCCCCGCACAUUCAGUCGGGUCGCAACACUCCGACUUCGUUACACAUACAUGGCGGGCCGCAGUCGGGCCUGAGCAGUCCACAGGGGAACUCCAUCUACAUUAGGCCCUAUGUAAGUCAAUGCGGUACGACACGGCAAAACCAGCAGCCGGGAGGCAGGGCCCAGUACAGCCCCACGUCUCAGCCUCAGCAACAGAUCUAUCAGAUCUCACAUCCUUCGUCAUGGUCCGGCUCGCAGCAGGCCUCUUCCUCACAUACCUCACAGCACCACACCCAGCAGGGCCACCAGACAUCUCACGUCUACAUGCCAAUCAGCUCCCCCACAAAUCCCCAGGCACCCUCCAUCCUUCCCUCUGGAAGCCAGGCGUCUUCAUCUGGCGUUUCGUCGUCUUGCUCGUCGUCUUCCUCAUCCUCCUGUUCCUCCGUCAUGCCCACCUCGCUCUCUGCCAUCAGCCAGUACAACAUCCAGAACAUCUCCACUGGCCCUCGGAAGAAUCAGAUCGAGAUCAAACUUGAAUCUCCUCAGAGGAGCAAUUCCACCACAACAACAGCUGUGCUGCGAACAGGCGGUGGGUCCCGUUCUUCCUCCACCUCGUCCUCUUGUCCUUCCUCCUCGUCCACAACUGGAGUGGCAACGGUCCCGAGCACCCCUCUCUCCAUUGGAGGUUCGGGUUUGAGUCGUAGCCAGCCCACUGUUUACAUCUCCCCUAGCCCACCUUCUGCUGCUACCACCCCCUCCGAGGAGGCCGUCAUGGCCUCAGCUGGAUCCCGCUCGCAACCCAAGUUUUACAUUUCAGCCAAUGCCUCCAGCGACGACAGCGGGGGAAGGAACCCUCCCACGGUCUACAUCUCAGCUAAUCCUCCACUGCAGGGGCCGUCGGGUGCGAGGAACAUUGGGGGCCAGGUGAGCAUGGGCCCCGCCUACAUCCACCACCACCCACCCAAGUCCCGUGCCUCCGUGGGAGGGGGAGGCACGGCUUGUUCUCCGCGUGUUGUGGUGACUCAACCCAACACAAAAUAUACUUUCAAAAUCACUGUGUCUCCCAAUAAACCCCCGGCGGUGUCCCCCGGGGUUGUCUCGCCUACUUUUGAGCCCAACAACCUCCUCAGCUUACCCCCGGACCAUCACUUUGUAGAGCCCGAUCCCCUCCAUCUCUCAGACCCGCUUUCACCGCACAAGGAGAGACCAAGUGAGCCUCGCAGACUCAGCAUGGGCUCUGAUGAUGCAGCAUACACACAAGCGUUGUUGGGCCAUCAAAAGGCCCGCAUGGAGAGGCUGUGGCAUGAGCUGGAACUAAAGAAGAAGCAGCUGGAGAAGCUAAAAGAAGAGGUCAACGAGAUGGAGAAUGACCUGACCAGGAGACGGCUGGAGAGGUCCAAUUCUGCAACCCAAAUUCCCUCGAUUGAAGAGAUGAAGCAGUUGCGGUGCAAAAACCGAUCACUACAAAUCGACAUCGACUAUCUCACUAAAGGGAUUGAUCUCUUUCAAAAAAGAGGACCACACUUCAAUCCCAAUGCCAUCCAUAAUUUCUACGACAACAUGGGAUUUCUUGGUCCUGUCCCACCCAAACCCAAAGACCCAGACAGUCAGAGUGUGAAAGCCAUGGCGGACCAGGAGGAAGACGAGGGGACGCAGUGGAGCUGCACUGCCUGUACCUUCCUCAACCACCCAGCCCUCAACCGCUGUGAACAGUGCGAGUUCCCACGGAAUUUCUGAGCCGCACCAGCCCGCCUUUUCCUCCUCUCUAUUACGCUACAAUCCGGGAAACAGGAAUUGCUCUUCCCGAUCCUUUCCCAAGUGCUAUGAAAACUCAGAUGGGGGCGUAAUCGUUUCGUUCGUGCAGCCUCUUUCCUCUCUUUCACCCCCCCCCCCCCAACCGCCACGCCCCUACGAACGCUGUCCUCCUGAAGGUUUGACUGGAUACUGUUUACAGAUUGUUUCUUCCUCAAGGCAGGCACAGUCGAAUGAUACCUCACGUUAGAGACUCGAAUUGUGUGCCCCCCCCCCCUUCACUGUCCCUCCCUCUUUGUGGGGAUACCUCGCUGCUCCCACUUACAGUAUUAGGAGUGUGCCCACCCCCGCAGGGACACAUACGUACACGACACAGGUACCAGCGUGCCUUUUGGCUGUGUCUCAAAUCAAACACUUGUGUACUUUGUUCCUGAGUGUGCAAAUAUCGAGUGUAGCGCUGCACCGAAUCCUUUACAGUCGGAACAUCGCAUCCUCAUUCUUUUGUCGUGGUUUUUCAAUAACGUAUUCAUGAGAUGAUGCCUGAGCGGUGCUUAAUUAUGGCCUAGUAGUCCAGAAAUAUGGUCACGAUGAGACAUUACCAUAACUUGCAAUGCAUGGAUGCAGAGCUAAUUUUUUUUUUAUAUCCCAUUUCAUGUGAAAAUAGUAUAUUUUUGGCAUCUUUCUUCCCUUCCCAGCUUUGUCUCAAAUCCUUUAAGUUUAGAAUAAAUGUCAGCACAGGAUGCAGAACAAAACGUGCUUUCAUCAUAUUAGAAAACUUUCCAACGACGCCAGAAAAAGUUAGCUAGUCGCUUUUGAGAAAUUAUGUCAUCAAAGCUGGUUGGAAUGUCGCCAGAUAUAGCAACAAAAUGUCCGAGUUGGGUACACUGGACAUAACUACGGUCAAGUGUUAAAAUCUACACACAUUGACUUCCUGUUCAGUGCAAAAUAAGUGUCAAUGUAAAAGUCCCAACCAGCUGCCAUUGUGCACUCCCCGGAAUGACCCCAGAAUAGUUAAAAAGUUACACACAUUGACUUCCUGUUCAGUGCAAAAUAAGUGUCAAUGUAAAAGUCCCAACCAGCUGCCAUUGUGCGCUCCCAGGAAUGACCCCAGAAUAGUUAAAAAGCUACACAUUGACUUCCUGUUCAGUGCAAAAUAAGUGUCAAUGUGAAAGUCCCAACCAGCUGCCAUUGUGCGCUCCUCAGAAUAGUUAAAAAGCUACCUAGCCAAGAUGGCCACCAUUGAGGCUGCACACUUAACUGUUUUUAAGUGCAAGUUGCUGGCACACUUAAGUGUAUAAGUACGGAGGUGGGCGAAUUGAGACACAGCCUUAGUUUCUCUUCCUGUUGGUGGGCUUGUGGCAUGGACUUGGGAACCGCUCUCUAUCCGAAGGGAAAACUAACAGACUACUCACGGACUUUGUCGGAUGUUAAAGGGGAAGCCGCCUCUCGAAUGUUCCCCCAAUGACCCCCGUUUCCCUGGUUUCUUUUCUCGAUAUUCCUUAUACAUGCAUGCUUGGUGUACAGAAAGUCCCUUUGAGCUUUUCCCUGUACAUACGUGUAGAAGGUGCCUUCUUGUCGCAAUCCAUCACAUGUAUUUUCCUGUAAGUAUAGCUUUAUAGUCUUUAUUAUUGUUUAGUUCCCCCCCCCCCCUUUUUAAAAGCAACAAACAACCUCCCCCACCUUCUCCCCCGCCUCCCUGCUCUCUUUUCAGGUUGUUGUGCAUUGCCGGUGUCCCUGCUCAACGUUGUGUGGACCAUCUGCACAGGCAGCAAAUCCCGCUUUUCUUCCCAGGAUACCAAAAUGGAAUUUUUUUCCCAAGAAAAUCUCCACAAAUCUUACAAUCUCUCUCUUUUCUUUUUUUUUUUAAAUCUGACAACUGGAAUGUUGUUUUCCUAUUUGGGGACACCUUGCUGUAAAGACGCUCCCAGGCUGUGUCUUCAUUGGAAGACUUGCGUCAGUACACUUAAGUAAGUACACUUAAGUAAGUACACUCUCUGCUUUCUGAGUGCCUGCGUUUUUUGACAAGCCACUCCUGUCCCGUCGGCGUGCACUUUCCACUCAGGUUAGCCCCUCCCCUUUCGGAUGCCAAGUCAACGCAGGGCUAGUAUUAUAAUUGACUGUAAUGGGCCUGCCUGUAAGUUAUGUGCCAAAGUGGCGUUUUCAAACCUUAGCUACGGUGCUACCAAAAAUAACGCACGUGGAUCCACACAAUGCAACUUCAAUACACCCACUGCACAUGCUGGGAAGCCUGUGUGCAUGCUUGUCCAACAGGUUACCCAGCAUGCCUUGCGGGUUAUAAACGAGCAGAACAUAGUAUUGUUUUGUAUGCAUUUGUGUCUUUAAUCCAAUACACUCAUAGUUGCUCUGGUACAAGUACAUUGUGUUCCACAUGUUUUGGUUGCACCGUGAGUAAGGUUUGGUUUGUGUCCACAAACGUAUUCCCCGAGUUUGUAAACAAUUUAAACAAAAUAGCACAGAAGUAGCCCGCCCCUACUUUUCAGCAUGCACUCAUGCACUUAACAGACUAAGUGUACUUUAAGUACGCAAGUGUGCCAGUUGAGACACAGCCUCCAUGUCCAGUACAACCCGAGUACUCCUUCCUUGUUACUGUGUGCCUGAAAAUGUUUUGGUUUUUUUUUUUCUAAAGUGGUACCAAAGGUUCACAGUAAUACUUCUGCCUAAAGUGCCCUUAAUAUUCACAAAAGGUUUUAUUUGUAGACAAAUAUAAAUGAGCACAAUGUAAUCCUAUUUGUUAUUUGGCCUCGUCGUCCCCAAGCUUUUAUUGGUGGGGGGCUUCUACUUCUUCAAUUUCUGUCUUCUUCCCCAUCCCUCCCUCCAACCACCCCCCCCCCCACCCCCACAUACAAACUUUCAAAGAAUAACAUUGCAUUUGUGCCUUUCAAACGAUUCCGUUGGUAUAUUUGAACCUACAGUAUUUGCAGGUUUUAUUACCAUAAUAGUCAAAUCCAGAGACAGAGAGAAGUAGAAGAGCAAAUCAUAUCUCUAAAGCACUUAAUGCCAAACCUUCCCCCUUUUUUCAGCCCAAAGAAAAACAGUUUUCAGCUUUUAUCUGCACCUUGGUGUGAAGAGGCAAUUUAUGUGUUUUAUUACAUGGUGGAAAAAACAUUUCAAUAUCUAAAAAAAAAAAAAACAAGUCUUUGGUUUUAUCUGGGAAACUCUUUGUAACAGAUAAGUUAUUUGUAAAAAUAAUAAUAAAAAAAUAAAAUCUUUUCAGAUUUUGGGGAAAUAGUGGAUUUGCGUGUGUGAUGUUUUGUCCACCAGGUGGCAGUCGAUGACAAUUUCAACCCAAAAUGGCGCCUGUGUCAGGUAAGCUAGCUCAUUUCCUAAACCUGAUUUUUUGGGGCUUGAAAGCCAUUAGACAAUUGUACAUUAAAAUGUUCAAAUUCAACUCUUUACUAUAGUUCAAUUCGGAGAAAACAGGAAAAUAUUGCCUGGGAUACGGAAAUUAGCUAAAAGUGCAUUCAAAACUUUAUUUAAACUUUAUUUUCAAAUGAGAAAUUACCAUAAACAAUGUAACAGUAUGUAUCGUUUGUGAACACAUUAGUAUUUAAAAACAUGUCACAAAUUGGCCUUAAAAUAAGACACUCGGUACAUGUCACUUUCAAUUAUUGUGAAAUCAUGUUAUUUUUUCAGUUUUUAAGUACAUUUAUGGUAUGACAGUCAAGUGCCAUCAAACUGACUGUAAUACAGAAUACGACCAGAAGAAGACACGCUUCCGGUAUUGAUGUCAAUAUUAUCGUCUCGUGUAUACUAACAAAAUUCCUCGCAUCCUUUGGUCGUGGGUUUUGUUACGCGCAUUUGUUAGUGCGGUUUGUGGUGAACAACCAAUGAAGUGACCACGUAAUUCAUGAAAGCUGCCAUGUAAUCCUCACUUUGAGGCUUUUAAUUUGAAAAGCUACAGGAAGUAACAUGUCUGGAGCACGCCAUUCUCAGUGUUUGUCACUCUUGCGCUCUUUCAGUCAUCCAAAUGUACAAAUGAUUGGUCAGCAUUUUUUAAAACGUCUUUUUAAAAUGUCUUUUUUAUAUGAACUCGUCCCCAAAAACAAUUCACAGUUGCCUGAAAACAGUGAAACCGCUAAGGCAGACAUUUUCGGUUCACAGUGUGUUUUUCUUUUUAGCAGUUAGCUUAAUUGUAAAAUAAAUAAUUAACAGUGUUAGUUAGAUUGCUUUGAAAAAGCCGAAGAAUCGGGAUUUAGCUUUGUAGUGGCAUAUGCCGUUGACAGCUUCACGAUUAAUGCUGGUGAUCUGCAAUUAUCUAGGUACACGCUAGAGGGCAGUGU